CCCCCGCGGCCAGGGCGGGAUCCCCGGGCUGUGCAGGCGGCCCUGGGCGCGGGCCCUGCCGGCAGACGCGCUCACCGGCGGCCCCGCUGUCCACGCCCAGGCUACGGUGUCCACGUGUACACGAACUCCUUCUUCCGGUACGAAGGCGAGUGGAAAGGCGGGAAGGAACACGGCCGGGGGAAGCUGCUGUUCAAGGAUGGGAGUUACUACGAAGGUGACUUUGUGGACGGAGAGAUCUCAGGCGAGGGCCGUCGCUACUGGGCCUGGUCAGGAAACUCGUAUUCAGGACAGUUCAUCCUUGGAGAGCCUCAUGGCCACGGUGUCAUGGAGUAUAAGGCCGGGGGACACUAUGAGGGGCAGCUGGUCCAGGGCACCAGGGAAGGACACGGAUGCCUGGUAGACCAGGCUGGGCAGGUGUACCGGGGCUGGUUCCACAACAACAAGAGGCACGGCCAGGGGCAGAUGCUCUUCAAGAACGGUGACACAUACAACGGGGACUGGGUGCGGGACCAGCGCCAGGGACACGGGGUGCUGUGCUGUGCCAAUGGCUCCACCUAUGAGGGACAGUGGCACAGUGACACCUUCAGUGGCCUGGGCAGCUUGGCCCACUGCUCAGGGGCCAUCUAUCACGGACUAUGGGUCAAUGGCCACCCAGUAGCGCAAGCCACGAACAUUAAGAUCCUGGGCCCGGAGGUGAUGGAGGUGACCCACGGGUGUCCCUUCUCGCUCGUGGUGCAGCUGCAGCAGGACGACGGGGAGGUGGCUGAGAGCGAGAGCGGGCGGCUGCUGAGUGUGUCGGCAGGCAUCAGGAGCGUGCAGCUCCCGGCCCACGCUGAGGUCAGCUCCUUCCAAGUGGAGGGCGGGUGCCACCCAGAGAUGCCCAUGGAGACACCACUGGGGUUCCAGUGCGUCCCUUAUCCGCUGUUCAGCCGUCAGCCAGUGGGGCUGGGGCCCAGAGGUGACGCCGUCCCCAGCAUGGGAGAGCUGGACCCAGCACAGGGCACGGCCACCGGCCUGCCUGCCUGGGGCCAGGACACUGGGCACCCCUGGGAGGAGCUAAGGCGCACAGAGGCUGGCUGUGCCAAGUUUGCCGACCUGCUCCUGGGGCCUCCCCCACCUGGGUACCACCCAUUCCUCUUCCUGGAGGGCCACGGCCAGAAGGCAGGCCUGUGUCCUGGGAGGACGACACCUACAGCGGAGGAACCCCUAGGAGGCCACAGCAGUGUGGGGGUCCUCUCCUCGGGCCUCUGCUACCUGCUGCCUGGUCACUGUCUGGCCACAGCUGCCCAAGGGCCAGAAAGGGAAUACGUGCUGGUGGUGCGGGACCUGACAACACCCCCCUUCCUGGGCUGCACGCUACCCACCGCCUUCCAGCACCUGCGGAUUGUGAGGGGGCCCAGCCCUGAAGGUGGCCCUGGAGCCCCCGAGCUGCCCGCGUCCACACAUCAGGUUGCACCAAUCUGAGCAGACCAAACU